AUGGCCAAAAACCUGAGUGACCAUCUGCUGUACUCCUUGGAUGGGCUGCCACUCGAUGACUUCAAGAGGUUCAAGUUUACACUGCAGAACUGCAGCCUGGAGAAGGAGCAGCCCCGGAUCCCUCGGGGGCAGCUACAACUGGCCACACCUGUGGACCUGGCCCAAUUGCUACUGACCCACUAUGGGGAGACCUCCGCUGUGCGACUGACCCUGCAGAUCCUUAGGGCUAUCAACCAGAACCUGCUGGCCGAUGAGCUGCACAAGGCCCUCACCUCAGAAAGUCUGGAUGAAGGAGCAAGCAGACAUGACAGCAGCAGUGACAUGGCAAGGGCAGCCGAGGCCCUAGAAGGUGAAGGGCCCCAGGUGUUGGGCACUUGGUGGUGGGAGUCCAGCCUGUUUCAGACCCAGCCAAAGGUUAGGAUUCAGGGGAAGCAGAGCAGUGGAAUCCGCAGGAACUCCAGCUCAGCAGGCAGGCUGCAGAACUUGUGUGGCUCCAUCCCAUGGCGAGAGGCUGCAAAGCACUCGAGCAAGCAGCGCCCCAGAAGCCUGGAGCUCACCAAUUCUUUUGAGGACAAGGAACUUGCUCGGAUCUACAUGCUACUGCUGCAGCUGAAAAUGCAAAGUGAGAGUCAGGAUUUGAGCUGCGGAGCCCCGCAGGGCCGGGCCACUGAGGCUGUGCACAAGGGCUCCAGGCUUCCUGAACAUUCCAAGUUCCUAGAGAAGGCAGCCACCAGCAGCUCACCAGCCAUGUAUCUGUUUUCCCGUGGGAAGAACUGCAAGCACUCUAAAGCCUCAGCGGGUCCCACGGCCUCUGGAGUUGGGGUCCCUCUGAUUUCAGGGAGAACACAGGACCAGGCGGUAUGUCCCCUCUGCCAUGCCCUGGAAGAAGACACACACGCACACAAAGCCUGCAGCUGCUCCAUGGCUGCCAGUGGCUGGGCCCGGUGCCGGGCCCAGUGCCAGGCCCUGUUCCCAGGGAAGAGGCGGCAGGGCAGUGAGCCUCAGAAGAGCCUGAACGUGACCAGCCUAAGCCCCAAGACACUACACCAGUACGAACGCCACCAGAAACAGGCUGAGCUACUGUUCCGUAAAAACCACAAGGAGCCUGUCUGCCACAUCUGCAGCCUGAGCCUGGAGGACCAGGGCCACAGCGUUUCCCCUCCCAUUGAGCAGGCAGCCCAGGACUACAAGGAGAAAAUUCAGAAGCGGCUGCAGACCCUGAAGGAGCUGAGAAGGUCAGGGGGAGAACAGCGGUCCCGAGGAGACAUGAAAGAGGUAAACUUCCUGAAAGAUGCAGAAGUGCACAAACAGAAGCUGCGGUGCCAGCUGAGGAACCUGAGCCAGUUCCUAGAGCAGCAGGAACAGCUCUUCACAGCCUGGCUAGAAGACCUGGGCCAAACCAUCAAUCAGGUGUGGGGCACCUAUGCCACCAGUACGUCCUGGGCCCUUCUCGACAAGCAGAUCAAGGAGCUGGAGGCCAAGCAGUGCCAGCCCAUAUGGGAGCUGAUGCAGGACAUUGGAGGUGCCCCGCACAGGACCCAGAGCAUGAUGGCCCCUGAGCCGCGGGCCACCCCUCUGGAGGUGAUGGAGAAGCUUCACCUGCUCUAUCAGAGAUCUGAGUUCAUGGAGAAAAAUAUGAGGUGGUUCUCAGAAACUCUGCGUUCAGAGAUGGAACCCUUCAGCGUCCCAGAACUGACUGGAGCUCAGGCACAUGCUGUUAACGUGACUCUGGACAGAGAAAGUGCCCACCCCAUCAUCUUCUCUGACGACCUCAAGAGUGUGAGACUUGACAGCAAGGGGAAAUGGCUACCGGACAACUCAGAGAGGUUCAACAGCUGCAUCCUCAGCCUGGGCUCCCCAUGCUUCUCCUCUGGCUGCCAGUACUGGGAAGUGGAGGUGGGAGACAAGACAGGCUGGGUGCUUGGCGUGUGCAAGGCAUCCACGAGCUGGAAGGGCAGCCUGGUACUGUGCCCAGAGAACGGUUACUGGGUGCUGCUGAUGGUGAGGCAAAAUGAGUACCAGGCCUCCACCCUUCCGCCAACCCACCUGAAAAUGAGGGAACCACUCAGGUGUGUGGGCAUCUUUCUGGACUACAAGGCCAGAGGGAUUUUCUUCUACAACUUGACAACCAAAUCCCACAUCUACACAUUCACUGACUUUUCUUCCUCUGAGCCCCUUCGGCCCAUCUUCAGUCCUGGAUCGCAUGAUGGAGGCAAGAACAUGGACCCCCUGAUCAUCUGUCCCGUGGGUGGCCAAGGACCUCGUUGA